AUGAUUCUCUUAUUGAGACAACUGCUACGCGUCGCCUCCAGGAUCGAAUCGGAACUAGAAGUCGUGAACCAGCGCCUGGACUACAUCACCAGUCUGCUCGAAAAGCAUCCGGGACCGGUGCAAGAACCCCACGAAGAUGUGGCCGCGCUCAGCUCUCAUGAAGAUUCUCCAUUUCGGCUGCUCGCAACCAGCUCCAUCAUGGUAGUGUUGGAACUCGAGCCUGAUUUCUCCCAAAACCUCAUCCGGCUCGAGAGAAUCAACUUCCUUACGGGCUCAACGAGCGGCACCGACGCACGACUCUUCUUCGUUCCCCACCAGCAGGCUGUGACGGUACUGGCCGCUUUUUCGGAGCGCAUCCAUAUCUAUUAUCCAAUCCUAGCAUCAGACUUCUCGGAGGAAUACUUCCGGGUCCUGUCUGAGCCUCUCACGCCAUCGUGCCAGUCAUGUUUAGUUCUUCUGGUGGCUGCUAUCGGCUGUGUGGCACAUGAUCCCACAUCAGACCGCGAGAACCCAUUCUUUACAGCUGCUCUCUCAUCACUGCCGCUGGUUGUUGCGGAAUGCUCUCUAGUUUCUGUUCAAUGCCUGGUCUUCUUGAGCAUCCAUUACGCUUGCCUUCUCAAACCCUGCCAGGCUCAUGAUUACUGCCUAGUGGCGUCGUUUAAGAUCCAGAACCUCUUUAAAAGUGGUUUACAAGGUACAGAUCCAGAUGUACUUGAAUUGACCCACCGAGCGUACUGGGCGAUUCUGUUACUGGAGAGGCAAGUCGCUUGCACAAAUAGGCACUCCUGA